AUGUGGUCCCAGGGUCAGGUGCUCACGGCGGUGGGCACUGGCGCGCUCCUGCUCCUCCUCCUCUCGCUGCUGGUGAGGCAGCUGCUCAAGCAGAGGCGGCCGCCUGGUUUCCCGCCGGGGCCCCGGAGGCUGCCCCUCAUCGGCAACAUCUACUCGCUGGCCGCAGAGCAGCCGCAUGUCUAUAUGAAGAGGCAGAGCCAAGUCCAUGGCCAGAUUUUCAGUCUUGAUCUUGGAGGUAUAUCUGCUAUUGUACUGAAUGGUUAUGAUGCUGUAAAAGAAUGCCUGGUUCAUCAAAGUGAAGUUUUUGCAGACAGACCAUCUCUUCCUUUGUUCAAGAAGCUGACAAAUAUGGGAGGUUUAUUGAACUCUAGAUACGGUAGAGGAUGGACAGAGCAUCGCAAGUUAGCUGUAAGCAGCUUUCGUUGUUUUGGAUAUGGUCAAAGGUCCUUCGAACACAAAAUUUCAGAAGAAUCCAUGUUUUUUCUUGAUGCCAUUGAUACAUACAAAGGCAGACCCUUUGAUCUUAAACACUUGAUAACAAAUGCAGUCUCAAACAUUACUAAUUUGAUUAUCUUUGGAGAACGUUUUACAUAUGAAGACACUGAAUUUCAGCACAUGAUAGAGAUUUUUAGUGAAAACAUUGAAUUAGUUGCUAGUGCUUCAGUGUUCUUGUAUAAUUCUUUUCCCUGGAUUGGCAUAUUACCCUUUGGAAAACAUCAACAACUGUUUAAGAAUGCAGCUGAAGUCUAUAAUUUUUUGCUUGAACUUAUUGAGCGUGUCUCUAAAAACAGGAGGCCUCAGUCACCUCGACAUUUCAUUGAUGCAUAUUUAGAUGAAAUGGAUCGAAGUGAAAAUGAUCCAGAGUCUACAUAUUCAACCAAAAAUUUAAUUUUCUCUGUUGGAGAACUUAUCAUAGCUGGAACAGAAACCACAACAAAUGUUUUAAGAUGGGCAGUAUUGUUUAUGGCUCUUUAUCCGAACAUUCAAGGGCAAGUUCAUAAAGAAAUUGAUUUAGUCGUGGGCCCAAACAAAACACCUUCUUUAGAAGAGAAAUGCAAAAUGCCUUACACUGAAGCAGUUCUACAUGAAAUUUUAAGGUUCUGUAAUGUAGCUCCGUUAGGUAUUUUCCAUGCAACUUCUAAAGAUACAGUCGUGCGUGGUUAUUCUAUCCCUGAAGGCACUACAAUAAUUACAAACCUCUAUUCUGUACACUUUGAUGAAAAGUACUGGAGUAACCCAGAAGUGUUUUAUCCUGAACGGUUUUUGGACAGUAGUGGGCAGUUCAUCAAGAAAGAUGCAUUUGUUCCUUUUUCACUAGGAAGAAGACAUUGUCUUGGAGAACAACUGGCCAGGAUGGAAAUGUUCUUGUUUUUUACUUCAUUACUUCAGCGGUUUCACCUGCAUUUUCCACAUGCUUUGAUUCCAAAUCUGAAGCCAAAAUUAGGCAUGACAUUACAACCACAGCCAUAUCUCAUCUGUGCUGAAAGACGUUAAAGCAUAUGUGCCAAACUCUCAGCUGGUGUAAAUUGGAAUAGCUCCACUGAAUAAAUGGAGCUGCACCAAUUUACAGCAACUGAGUAUCUGGCCCCAUCUUUUAUUUACAACUAUCUUGUUCAUAGUCUUGCCAAAAGAACAAGAAUUGUAAACACUCUCUGUUAAAGGACUUACACACCAAUUUUGUCUUAUGCAUAGCCUUUUAGGUAUUUCAUGUAUUUGUAUGUAAUUUUCACAAAAAAGACAUUAAUACUCUUCAUGUGUUUAUAGAUUCUGUUCUCACUUCAAAAAUCUAGAUCAGGUUCCAUUUCUCAUUUAAACUUUUCAAAAUUUCAUUGAAUUACCCGAUUUAAAGAUUAAUAAAAAAUUCAGCUACUGACACAUAAUAUUUUCUAUUAUACAUGAUAUUUAAAUAAAGUUGAGAAAAAUAGUUUUUAAAAUUUUUAACAUAAGCAGAAAACUGUUUUUAGUUUGGGAAAAUGUUCUGAUAAAUUUGGAGAGCUUGGAUGAAACCUGUUGCAGUCAGACUCCUCCCAUGAAAUCUCAAAUAAUAAAAAACUGCCCCAAACAAACUUAUUUUUAGAGUACUUCAUUAAAAAUAUAUAAACCCCAUUUUUCAUUAAAAACCCUUUUUGAAAUAUGUUGUAAUAAAUCAUAUAUCUAUCUGUAUAUUCUUCCUUGACAAAUCCCCUCUAGCCCACUUGUAUCCAUUCACAAUGCUGCUGCAAAGAUCAUUUUUCUGGCAUGACACUUCAAGUAUAUCACCUCUCUUUCUACAUCCUUCCGGUUAUUCCACAUUCGCUACUGCAUCAAAUAAUAACUACAUGUCUUCACUUUUAAGGCACUUCAUGGCCUAUACCCACCCUAUCUAGCAUGCUUUAUAUGCUAUCAGGAUGUUGAAUCAUGCCUCUGCUCUGACAGUUAUGGCAGCCUUCAUUGCCCAUUUGUUACAUUUUCAAACAAGCACCUUCUUGUUCUUCUUCGAGU